UAGGUUACUUUCGGCGGAGGUGGUCGCCGGUGUCCUGAAGAGAUCCGCUCCACCCUCAGUAAGCUACGCCUACUGACACGCUUAUACAAGGCUUUUAUGAAACACGCUGCAUCUUGUCUCGACAGACGAUAAACACUGAAACACGGUUUAAUAAGAGUGAAGACUUUUUCCGAGCGUUUUUGUUUCCAUGCUGACCAUGCGUUUCCACGGGUCAAUGAGUGUAUUGGGAACUGCUCUGUUGGUUCUGCUGGCAGGCUGUCAACAAUGUGUCUCAGCUGACAGUGACAUUUUGGCUCCACCAGAAGUCUCGCAGCACAAUGGCACUAUGUAUGCAGCCUGCAAAAUGAGACCCAGCACCUCACUACCUGACGGCCUGCCCAAAGUGUACGGUCAGGUGCUGUUUAAACAGGAUUAUCCUCAUGGAAAACUCAAAGUCCUUCUCCGGUUCAGCGGCUUCCCCAGAGAGGGCAACCCAGAGCUCAGAGCGGUCCACAUCCAUCAGUACGGAGACCUGAGCCGGGGAUGUGACUCCACCGGCGGCCACUACAAUCCACAUGGCGUACACCAUCCAAACCACCCGGGGGACUUUGGGAACUUUGAGUCCCAGCAGGGAAGAAUCACUGCGAUGAUAGAAUCUGAUGCAACGCUGUUUGACGGGCUGUCUGUCAUUGGAAGAGCAGUGGUGGUCCAUGAAAAGAUAGACGACCUAGGGCGCGGUGGAGACGCAGGGAGCCUGCUGCAUGGAAAUGCAGGUCGGAGGCUCGGCUGCUGCAUUAUUGGAAUAUCCUCUCCCAAUCUCUGGAAUACGUAUCAUAAGCAGCAUAACAGGCGAAUGAAAAGAAAUGAUUCCACACACUGAAAAUCAGAUUGUACCUUUGUAUUCAUUAGUUCUUUGAAUUCGUUGUAUUCUGUGUCUCAUACUCUAUCACAAUUAACAGCAGCUUAUCAAAUGUAGGGGAAACUUUCCUUAAGAACUGGUCUGGACCAACUUCAACUAAUUUAAAUAAAUAAAAUAAAUAUGAUACAUUUUGGAUUGCAAUGAAAUUUGGUACAGGCAUUCGUGGUUCCCAGAGGAUGUACCCUUGAUUUUGGCGAUCAUCAUAAAGUUAAGACUCCUUACAUAAAACCUAUAUAAGAAGAUACUAUGCAUUACAUACUAUGAUAAAAAGCACUUUGUCACUAUAUUUUAGAUCUUGAUGGACACAGUCUGUCUUUUUUUGGACUGUAUACUUAAAAUACCAUUUCUCCAGAACCAGUAGUUGAAAAUGAUUUAUUUAGCAGAAAUAAAUCCAGUUUUUGUACACAUUCAACUUUCACAGAAUACACACAUGGCUCUAUGUAAUUUCUAUCUGCUGAGUUUGUUUUUUUUCCCUAACGACAAAAACACGGUGCUGGUAAUCUAGAUGUGGCUUUAGUAUGAGUGUGAGAAGAUCUGUUUGCUUGGUGUCGAAUAUGUAAAUCAUUAAUCUGUCAGGAAUAAAAGCAUGGAUUAAAAAAUGAAAACGCAGUUAUCAAUAAUACAUUGUCAUGCAGCAUUUUAUAUAUCUGUGACAGUAUUGUGCUUUUGUAAUUGAAAAUAAAACUUGUGUAAGAAUGCUAAGUUUUAAAGAAACCAACUACAGCAAGGACUGAAGGAGGUAAUGUCUCACAAUAUAAAUGAAUACUAAGAAAUAAAGCAGUUUUUUUUCUCUUAUGUUUGAGGAAACAAAAUAAAACUGCUGCUCAGCUCCUGCA